CGUGAGAAAACUGCAGAGGAAGUAUUUGUACUGCUCGUAGUAAGCGGUUUACCGCGAAAAGUACCCUCGUUUGUAUCAUAUUUGGUAAUUGUAAGUCUUUUAUUAGGGUUUUAGAAUUUCAUAAUAGCGGUUUAAAAAGUUUAUAACAUGUUAGAUUUAACAAGAAAUCUAGAAACAGAAGAAUAACUUCGCUUCGAUCGUUACGGUGACAGCAGCAGCUACACACGUGGUCGUCUCCUCUAACCGGAAGGCGGGAUAAGAGAUUAUCGUCUUUUUUCUCCGUUUCUUCUCCUACCUGUUCGCUGACUACACUGGCUGCCUGCCAGAUGGAGAAGCAGCCUUUGCCAGCUGAUAAUGAAAACACAGAACCCACAGAGGUCGACGGGCUCACGGGCGAGAGCGGCCCGCAGGACGUGUCUGAGCCAGAUGCUCGAGCAGGAUGGAACAGUAAAAUAGAGUAUUUUUUGGCUCAAGUGGGAUUCAGCGUUGGACUCGGGAAUGUCUGGAGGUUUCCGUAUUUGUGUCACCAGAACGGAGGAGGAGCUUUUCUCCUGCUUUACAUCUUGCUGAUGCUAGUUGUGGGCAUUCCCUUGUUCUUCCUGGAGUUGGCAGCCGGUCAAGCCAUCCGACAGGGCAGCAUCGGAGUGUGGAAGUACAUCUCACCCAAGCUCUCCGGCAUCGGUUACUCCAGCUGUGUGGUUUGUUUCUUUGUGGCUCUCUACUACAACGUGAUCCUUGCAUGGAGUCUUUUCUAUCUCGGGAACUCGUUCCAGUACCCUUUACCUUGGGAGCAGUGUCCAAAACAGGGGAAUGUAACAGAAAGGGAAUGCGAAGAGAGCUCUCCCACGUCGUACUUCUGGUACCGCAAAGCUCUGAAUGUCACAGAUUCAAUCGAAGAUGUCGGCACUUUCAACCCUUAUAUCGUCUGCUGUCUGCUGGCAGCGUGGACCAUCGUGUGUCUGGGGAUGUUCAGGGGUAUCAAGACCUCCGUCAAGGUGAUGUAUUUCUCCUCCGUUUUCCCUUACGUGGUGCUCUUCUGCUUUCUCGUCCGAGGACUCCUGCUGGAUGGAGCCUCUGAAGGAAUCACAUUCAUGUUCUACCCCAAGUUAGAAAUCUGGGCAGAUGUUCAGGUGUGGCGGCAGGCAGCCACGCAGGUUUUCUUUGCAUUGGGCCUCGGCUUCGGGUCAAUUAUCGCCUACUCUUCCUACAACCCCAGAAACAACAACUGCCACCGGGACGCUUUCACCGUCUCCCUCAUAAACUUCCUCACAUCUGUGCUGGCUACUCUGGUGGUCUUUGCUGUGCUCGGUUUCCGUGCUAAACAGAAGGUCACGGAGUGUGUAGUCAGUAACUUGAAGGAGCUGUUAUAUGAAUUUCAUGACGGCAAUGUGGACGAAGCCCUCAUGCCUCCAUUCAACUACUCUGAUCCCAAGUCAGUGGCUCUAGAGGGCUACAGAGCCUGGUUUAAACAGUAUGGAGCUAUGGUGCCUGGCAAUCUAACAGACUGUGACCUGGAAACAGAGAUGCAGAAGGGUGUGGAGGGAACUGGUCUAGCUUUCAUCGCCUUCACAGAGGCCAUGACGCUCCUGCCCGGCAGCCCUUUCUGGUCCGCCCUCUUCUUCCUCAUGCUUCUCAACCUGGGACUCAGCACAAUGUUUGGCACUAUGGAGGGCAUCCUCGCCCCCCUCAGUGACCGCUUCAAAUGUCUGGCAAGGAACAAAACCAAGCUCACAAUUUUCAGCUGCAUCCUUGGCUUUCUGCUUGGCCUGCUCUUCACCCAGCGCUGUGGGAACUACUUUGUGAUGAUGUUUGAUGAUUACUCUGCAACCCUGCCGCUCAUCAUUGUGGUGGUUUUUGAGACUUUCAGUGUUUCUUGGAUGUAUGGAGCUGAUAGAUUCCUGAACGACAUUGAAAAAAUGCUUGGCUGGCGUCCCAGCGUCGUUUACAAGUACCUGUGGAAAUACAUUUGCCUGCUUGCUAUGUUUGGGCUGCUGGGAGCCACCACAAUCCGCAUGUUCCUGUCACGCCCCACGUAUAUGGCAUGGAACGAGGAAAAGGCUUCUGAGGAGUAUUUGGAAUACCCUGGUUGGGCUCUGGCUGUUUUGGCUUUAUUGAUCAUAUUUGCCACACUGCCCGUCCCAUUGGGCGUCAUCCACGCUCUUCUGCGGGACAGGAAUUCAGGAACUUCCAGAGAUGCAGAGAACGGUCCCUACAGGAUGGUUAGCACUGAGGAAACUCCGAUGACAGACUUUUCAGAACUGGACCAUAGAAAUGGGGUCGCUGCUCCUGUUUCCUAAACACUGGAUGAAAUUGUGAGAGGACCUGAAGAACACCCCCCAAAAUAACAACAAAAAAAAAAAAAAAUACAUGGGCCGUAUUUAAAGACAGUUAAUUUAUCAGUGAAUUAUAAGCUGACGUAUUAUGAAAGAGUCACAGUUUGUUACUGAGCCUAGCACUUACCUCAAAAUCAGAAACACAUCUACAGAAUGACAGCAGUCACUCUGCACAGCGUCUCUGUGCUCUGCUGUUGCUCACAGAAUGAUGGAAAGAAAGUGGAUUAUAGUGGAAGUUCGUUAUUAAACUGACAGCAGUUUUGCCGCUCCCAGAAUUCUGUGAACUGUAGUGUUGAACCACAUUUGCUGUUACUACCAGUACAGAUGCUGCCAAAUUAACCAGAAGGAUUCCAAAAGGCCAUUUUAAUGUUUGUCCUUCUCUUUAAACCUUUGAAAUCAAAGCAGGUCUAGAUCAUAAUGAUGUUCCAGCAGCUUUUAAAAAGUCUGUUAUAUGGAACAAAUAAUUUCUUAGUUUGUGAGAGGUAAAAUUUCCAGUAAGGGAUUUUGUUUGGUUUUUUUAACCAGAGUGGAUAUCUGAAUGAGCAAAAAUAUAUUUAAGUUCUUUAAUAUAAGCCAUAAAUAUUUCAUGUUCCUAAAGCCAGUCUUGGCAGCGAGGGGUCGGACCACCGGGGCCUCCGUUCCUGACCACUGGCCCAUCCAAAAUGCACAGAACCCCUACGUUUUUGGUUUUUUGGCCUGCGCCCAUCAGUAUCCCAUGGACAUUUCACCAAGGACAAUUUUGCCUUGGGAGAACUCACAAGGGGCUGUAGUGAGACCUUUGCUGGCUCUAAAUCUGACACAUUCCUAAUGGGCGACCAAGGGUGACCACCCUUGGUCAGUGUUUCUCUAAAACUUUUAUGGACAGAAUUUGUUGGUAUAACAAGUGACCGAAAGUUGCCUCAAGAUCACCGCUCUGCGUUUGCGAUUUGUAGCUGAGUGCGAAGCUGAGAUGGGGUGAGGAACUCUGUCAUUUGGGAAGUGGUCAGAGUAGACCUGCUACUUCUCCACAUCAAAAAGAGACAACUGUUGGUUUGGGAAUCUGACCAGGGCACCUCUGACGCCUCCCAGGUGAGGUGUUGCAGGGAUGUCCUACCAGGAGAAGGCUCUGGGGCAGACCCAGGGGACACUGGAGAGAUUGUAUCUCUCAGCUGACAUUGGGAAUGCCUCAGUGUCCCCCCAGAAGAGCUAGAGGAAGCAUCUGGACAUCUAGACAUCUCUGCUGAGCCUGCUGUCCCUGAAAUCCACAUCCAGAAGGAUGGAUGGAUGGAAGCCAUAAAAAUGUUAUCAUGUUCGUGUUGUAUGUUGCUGCUGUAGCAUACAAGAUUCACCUAAAUAAUUUUUGACUUUUUUAAGCAGUUAAGAUGAACAACAUGUAGACAAUCCAUCAAUUUGAUCAUAGAUGUCCCCACAAGUGUGUAAUUUAUUUUUUAGCUUAUCCGACCGAAGGAAAAAUGAGCUUAGGCGAUAGCGAGGCGUCCAUUGAUCCCUCAAAAGUUUACAUGAAUUACUACUCCUCAUAGGUCAGAUUCAUUUGUCUUGGAUAUGUCUGUUUAUGAGCCUCCUUGACUUUUUAAAUGGAUUUAAAUUCUCAUUAUUUUGUACAAUACAACCAACCAGUGACCAUCAAACAUAUCACUUUCACUCUGUACUUCACACAUUACAGUAACCUGUGAAUUGUGAUGGAUCACGAGUUCAUUGAUGUUCUGGUUUUAACCUUUCACUGUUUGCUCCAUUGAGGUCAGUUCAUUUGUUUCUCCUGAGUAACUUGCAUUAAUACCUACAGUCCUGUACAGUACAGGUUCACUAACAUGGUUACCCCAGAAAAGAGUCAAUUCAGCUACAUAAUGCCACAGUUUAGUGCAGCUAUAAUACUAUUGCCGUUCCCGCCAUAAACACACUAUGAGGAUGUUUAAAAAACACACCUGGGACCAGACUGAGUGUUGGAACUUGAUGCGAUGCUGUACACUAAACAGGUUUAGGUGCUCUGUUUGCAGUAAACAUGCAUGUUGGCAUUAUCGGUCCAAACAAACAGCUGAUAAACGUCAUUUAUUCAUCAAACGUCGUUUAUUAUAAAUCUCCUCGGUAACAAAGCCAGUGCAACAAUGAUCGCAGCUGUUUUUAGAGCACAGACUGAAGCUGUUUAGUGACAGCAUCCUAAUGCAAAGAAAAAAAGAUAUUUCUGUGAUUUGUAUAUAUGUAAAUGGUCCAUGUAAAAAUGCUUUAAAGAAUAAUUAUUUUGAUGUUUUUAGUUGUAAAUGAGAAAUCUUCAGAAAGGAUCUUUUUGUGUAUAUUUUUUGUAAAGUUUGGUGUAUUUUUUAGACUUGAUUGCUCUGUGCUAUCUUCUCUGAGCUUUUUUUUUCCUGAUAUUAAAGCUGCAGUUUGUUUUCUGGUCUAGCUUUUCCAUUUUAGCGUGAACUUGAUGCAUCGUAAUGCUGAUGAGUUCUGGGUGCCUUCUGCUCUAAUGGAGCCGAAUGAACAAAAUGCUGAAAACAUCCCAGUGUUCCUGUAAUUUUGAAAACAUUUCUUUUGGCAUCGCAGUAGUAUGCAAGUAGGCUGUGAGUUUGUGUACAAAAUGUAUGUAAGAUGCUACUGCUGUGUCAUAUGUUGUUGUUCUUUUAUUAAUAAAUGUUAGCAUCCA